AUGUUUCAGCUGCAGCAUAACUUCUGCCUGUGUGUAACUGUUCUUGCUGCCUUCCUGGGAGACAUUGCCUUGGAUGAGGAGGACCUGCGUAUGUUUAAGAUUUACUUGUAGGACCAUCGAGACCUUCAACAAUACAGAUGCUGGUACAGUAUGGGAGCCGUGCUGGACAUGGAGGAUCCAACAUUGGGGUCAAUUUAGGGUGUUUUCACAUGACUGCCAUCUCCGUUGCAAAUCCAUGCAUGAAUUUGAGAUGAGGGGUUACAUUAGUUCUCUGAAUUGAGUUGAAAUUGAUUGAAUGUCCUCAAAACUGCAUGGACCACAUAUCUGUUUGCAUGUGUCUGCUCCAGUGAAUGGUUCGUCGUCCAGUGAGAGCAGUAGGAAUGACACGUCGCCAGACAGUCAGGCCCAGGGCUCCCUUCGCAGGAGGAGGGCAGCUACCUCCAGACCAGACGGCGUCAUUCCAUACGUGAUCAGUGGGAAUUUCAUUGGUGAGUUCUGACUUUGAAGGACAACCCUCCCUUUUAGGCAGCCAACAAGCAAAAUUCCUUCAGGCCAUGCGUCACUGGGACCUUCACUGAAAGGACAACGGAGGAGAGCUACCAGCAGGAAAGCUCAAUGCACCUACUGUACUACUUAGAAGUCCCUUAUGCCCACCUGCUGGUAAAUUACAGCUCCCUACUGUUCACAGCAGAACAUUGCCAGUUGCUUCAGAGUUAUGUCCCUUGACAGAAAAUAGAUGGUAAUGCACUUCAGGCAGGAACGCUUCACUGUCAUUUUAGCCUUUUGUCUUAGGCUCCUGUGGUUUCAAACCUGAUGAUUCGCUCCAUGAGCAGCAGCUCUUCAUGCCUCUCCAUUGCUCUUCAACUUUUUCACAAUAUCUGCCAUUCAGACAGGGUUCAUGCUGCACACUGCAUGACCAAUUGUUCUUUAUUCUCUCAGAUUCUUUGCUUAAGAUUUUGAUAAAGACUGGGAACAAUGGGGCCCGGAGACUGUCUGGUUGAGCAGUAAUGCUCUUGUCCUCGGAACCACAUACGGAAGCCGGUUCGAUCCCCGCAUCCAUCCUUCUGUUUCUCUUCUCCUGUCAUUUCACAAAUAAAUACAAAUAUAAAAGGAGUUUGAAAUCUGUUCUCCUUUAAAAAAGAAAGAAAGAAAAGACUGGGAACAAAGCUGUGAGGUAGUUAUUCUAUAAAGGGAUUUGAUUGUAAACAGUUUACUGUAAGUGUGUUUUUGCCUGCAUGUGUCUGUGUUAUUGUCAGAAUUCAUGGCAAAAAAAGAAAACCGGGAACAUUGCCCCAGAGCAAAGUAUUUAUUCAUUUUCUAAAUCUGGGCUUUCAUGUGUGACUGACCACAGAGCUGGAGCUCUCCAGUUGCAGAGUUUGACCAUACUGAGUUAUUGAAGUGUGUGCAGUAAACAGUCAAUUCCAUUUUCAUUCUGUCAAUUCAGGGGACAAAUUAAAGUCAACUUAUAAAAGAAAAAAAAAUGAGUAGAACUCAAUGACAAUGGAUAGUUUUUCAAUUCAUUCGAUUCAAUAAUGUAAUAUCAAGUUAUUCCGUGUGCUGAAUUGACUGAAAUAAAUGUGAAUCAACCACAGUCCUGCAAGUGGGCAUAUCCCCCUGAAAGACUGUGUCUCCCUCUACAGGUGUUGCUCCUACGUGGGCAGGAGGGUAGGGGGUCCCCAGGCCAUCUCAAUAGGAAAGUUUGGGAUCGUUGUGCAUGAGCUGGGUCAUUCGAUCGGCUUCUGGCACGAGCAUGCACGUCCCGACCGCGAUGAACAUGUCAGUAUUAUCAGAGACAACAUCCAGCCAGGUAAGUCUGACUGUCUGCCUGUUUCUCGCAGAUCAUUUUGAGCCUUACCUCCAUGGACCUCUACAGGAGCCACUUGUGCUGGUAUGACCAUGUGGAGGUCCGAGACAUGUUCUGGAGAAAAGCCCUGUUGAAAGGUCUUUACAUGGAAGAAGAUUUAGAGUGGAACCCAUCCAUUGAGAACUCUCUAGAGAGGCCUGCUCUCUACAUCUGUCAAUAACUCUGUUUGUUUAGUCACAUAUUUGAUAAAACUGGAUUUUAGUCUGUCAGGUCAAAUCUUGAUUCUUCCCAUUUGUCCCAGGACAAGAGAAUAACUUCCUGAAGAUGGAGCCAGGGGAGGUGGACUCUCUUGGGGAAGUGUACGACUUUGACAGCAUCAUGCAUUAUGCACGGAACACCUUUUCCAGGUUGGUACAAAGAACUGAUUCUUCAUAA